AUAUUGACUAUGUACUCCCAACCCAGUACCAAGGAUGUUUGUGCGUGCCUGGCACCACUGCUGUUACAUCGCGGUCGUUGUCGUCGUCAACGUCGUCGUUUUCGUUGUUAUUUCUAUUAUCGUCGUCAACGUUGUUCCUAUCGUUGAAUAAUUUCGUUGACGUGCAAAUAUAUCUAUCGAACGAUUCACAACAACAAAAAACAACAUUCUAACAAAAUCGAAAAUUUCUAUCUGCGAGAUGUCAAAUCAAAUAUGUCUAAAAUGGAACAGUUUUUUAAACAAUAUCGCCACGAGUUUCGAAAGUCUUUGGGAGGAAGAAGGUUUAGUAGAUGUGACAUUGGCAAGUGAUGGACAGUGUCUUACAGCUCAUAAAGUGAUUCUCUCAGCAAGUAGUCCUUUUUUCAAAAAAGUUUUUCAG